CAGAGUUCGAAGAUUGUAGUGGAAAAGCUCACUAAGAACGUGACUGAAGCCCAUCUACGCGAGAUCUUCGGCUCUUAUGGUCGUAUCGAGUCAGUUGACCUUCCGCUCAACAAACAAUUCAUGACAAAUCGCGGCACCGCUUACAUUCUCUAUGAUCAUCCUUCUGGCUCCGAAUCCGCCAUUGCGCAUAUGCAUGAGGCUCAACUGGAUGGCGUGUCCAUCGCC